UAGUUCCGAUUUGGGGAAGAAAAAUGUGGGAACUUGGAAAGUAAGAUGGAGAGAAAUUGAGAUCUCUCUUGUGACAUAUAAUCCACCAUUUUAGACUCUUGAACGCAUGCGUCCUCACUAAGCCAAAUCUCUCUUCCUCUUCACACCUCUCUCUCUCUCUCUCUCUCUCCCAAAACCCUAGAUCUCUCUCUCUCUCCCUUUUCUGAAGCUUCCCUUAGUUUGCGCAUCACUCGAACCGGAUUAAUUCGGUCCGGGAGAUACGCAUUUGCCAGAUCCGUAGUGCAACUUUCUCACUUGCCACAAAUACCCUAAGCAUUUCUGGGGAUCGUUGUUUCUCUCGUACUUGAUCUGCUUGACGUUGAUCGUCGGAAGCUAUGAAUUGUGUUUGGCAGUGAAAAAAAAGGCUUUGGCUUAGCGUGAUACCCACGUUUUCACGGAUGGCAAUGCCGCCGGGAAGUGUGAUUCAAUCUGAGAAAACACAAUUUCGGGUCGCGCCGGCUUCAGCAGCCGCAGCCCCUCCUCCGGCUCCAGGCGGAGGGCAUUGGAUACCCGACGAGCGUGAUGAGUUUAUCUUGUGGUUGUGGUCAGAAUCCCCAGCCGCUAAUGCCAUCAUCGACUUGCUCUGUCAGCAUCUGCAUGCCGUCGAGGAUCCAGGGGAGUACGAUACCGUUCUCGCGGGUAUUAGCCAGAGGCGAUACAACUGGACACCGGUUCUUCAUAUGCAGCAGUAUUUCCCCGUAGCAGAUGUGGUUUACUCGCUGCAGCAGAUAGCCUGGAUGCGGCAGACAUUGCCGCCUCUGAGGCAUUCUGUCUUAGAUCAAGGGAAAUUUCGGGGAAGGGAGUUUAGGAGAUUGGGGCCUGUGUUUUACGAGCUGCCAGGCGGUCAGAGAGGAUCUGAGGCGAUGGUGAAAGAUGGGCAGAAUUUGAAUUCGGAUUUCCAUAGUGUUGACCGGUUUGAGAAACGGGAGGAAGCUAGAGUAGGAGGUAGAUGGAACAGAGGGAAGGACAUGGAUGAUAAUGCAUUUGCUGUUUUGGAGGAGAAGAGAGGGACAGAUGAUAGUGAGAAUCUCGAGGCCAAUAGUGGAAACUCAAAAGCUUCAUGGAAUUCUGAAGAAUCUGAGAUAUUCAUGGAAACUCAAGCAGGGAUAGUCAACCAUAACUCGGGUUCAAAAGUGUCUCUUCUGAACAAAAGCAGAAGGAGAAAGAGAGUGAGAGUCCUACAAGCACAGCGAAGACGUUUGUUGUAACAGAGAUUUUCUUACUUGUGUAGGUUAAUGUAGUUGAAGGAUUACAACUAUAUGACGAACUGUUUGAUGAGAAGGAAGUUUCAGAACUUGUUUCUCUGGUGAACGGUAUGAGAGUUUCCGGCAGAAGAGGUCAACUUCAGGGUCAGGCAUAUGGCGCAUAAACGGCCGAUGAGAGGACAUGGCCGGGAGAUGAUUCAACUCGGUCUCCCUAUUGCAGAUUCACCAGUGGAUGAUGAGGCUUCAGCUGUCGGUU